AUGUAGACAAUAUCGUACUAAAGUUGUGAACUUGAGGAAACUUGGUCAGCUGUCAACUAAUGAUAGUGGUAGCCAGGCUUCUGACGAUCGCCCACAUCCAGCUCAAUGAGAUCCACUUGUUAAAGGAGGGAGUUGAUGUUCAGAAGUCUUUCUACACAGUAAGAAUGAGGUAGUUGAAGGUCCUACCAUUGAAAAGCGAAAGGAGGUAACUAAGGUCCAGGUUGGAAAGGAAAGACCAAUUAAAACCUGGCUGAUGGGCUAUGGAAAGCCACUCUCGAGCAGGACCUGGAGCUUAUGUUGGAGAGUCGGUGAAAACAGGGCUAAUGGAUCAGGAUGUCAGUGUUACUGCAGCUCAUAAAUAGUGGAACAACUUUCUCGGCCCACAUGAUCGAGUCCGGAGCUGUUCCAGCGAACACGGGAACCGCUGCCAUGCAUCUUGCCCAUUUGGCCGCUUGCCUUGCGCUCGUUUACAGUAAUAUUACUCCAGCAGCGUUGUGGUCCGUGAACAACUUUCUAAUGACCGGGCCAAAGGCUUUCCUGACCUAUUCCAGCAGUGUUGCUGCUGGGGCUGAAUCCGGCAUUGAUGAAUGUAAACACCAGUUUACCUGGGACCGCUGGAACUGUCCAGAGAGCGCACUGCAACUGUCAACACACAAUGGUCUUCGGAGCGCCACGAGAGAAACGUCCUUCGUGCAUGCUAUCAGUUCUGCAGGCGUCAUGUACACGUUGACAAGAAACUGCAGUAUGGGGAACUUCGACAACUGCGGUUGUGAUGAAUCCAGGAGCGGCCAGGCCGGUGGCCGAGGCUGGGUUUGGGGAGGAUGUAGUGACAAUGUUGAAUUUGGAGAACGAAUUUCUAAACAGUUUGUCGAUGCUUUGGAGACGGGGCAGGAUUCCAGAGCUGCCAUGAACCUCCAUAAUAACGAAGCAGGGAGAAGGGCUGUCCGAGAGACCAUGAAGCGAACCUGCAAAUGUCAUGGAGUGUCGGGAAGCUGCAGUAUCCAGACUUGCUGGCUCCAGUUGGCUGACUUCCGAGACGUUGGGAACUACUUGAGAGUGAAACACGAACAAGCUAUAAAGAUCGAUUUAGAGAAGAGGCGUAUGAAAGGGGGAAAUAGUGCGGAUAACCGUGCGGCGAUCGCAGAAGCGUUCAGAGUUGUGCCGCGGACAGAACUUGUCUACCUUGAAGACUCUCCCGAUUACUGCGUCCGGAACGUUACACUGGGAUUGCAAGGAACAGAAGGGAGGGAAUGUCUCCAAAGUGGUAAGAACCUCUCCCAGUGGGAGAGAAGGAGCUGCAGAAGGCUGUGCGGAGAGUGCGGGCUCAGGCCAGAGGAGAAGGAGACUGAGAUUAUCACUAGUUGCAAUUGCAAAUUCCACUGGUGUUGUACUGUCAGAUGUGAGCAGUGCAAGCAAAUCGUAACCAAACAUUACUGCUCUCGGCGAGACAAGAACAGAUCCUUCAAGCGUAAAAAUCGGGCUCAGUAUUGGUAAACCCAUGAACUUCUCCAAAUUUGAGAUUAUUUUUAAAAAUUCCGCAUAAGACUUCAGUAACUUUUAGUUACUCCCUCAAUCACAUUGUUAACUAAAAACUGUUACAUUCCAGCCGUUCUUAGUCCGAAACCAGGCCAUAAAGAUUAUUUUACUGCUCCAUUAGUCGCAAUAUUUUAGAAACACCAGUUUUAUAAUUAGUUUUUGAAAGUUUUUAAAGCAGGGAGUUUUUGGAUUGUAUCUAGCCUAGGAUUUAAAGGAAUAUUUCAUAAUCUUCAUUUAGUUAACAUUGAGCUGUAUAUUUGAAUUCAGCAAUUUCUUUCUAUGAAAGUGGAUGUGGGACUUUAUUCGAUACUUUUCUGCACGAUUAUAUUUUUCUCGCGCACUUAUUUUUCUAUAACGUCUAUUUUUGCACCAAUUCAAGACGUUCGCACUGUAACGGAAACUGCACAUGGACACUUCCAAGAAAUUAGAUAAACAUAGUAUCAGAAAUUGCUGUGACGAAUUUUUUUUCACUUCUGGACCGAUUUAUUAGUUUUUGAAAGCACCUCUUCGGAUUUAAGGUAUGGCCAGUAAGGUAAUGACUGUGAAUAUUGUGAAACAUUCCGUUUUGUUUAGUUAUCUAUUCUGGAUAUGUGCUGGGUGGAACAUAGUCUAGAAAAUUGGCUUGUAUUUUCAAUAAAGCUUUUUAAAUCAA